GGUGUGGCACGGGGGAAGAAACAGGUAUCCUGUAGUGGGGAGCGAGUUGCAGACAUCAGUAUUCGCGGAGUUUCUGUGAAACUCUCCUGUAGUUUAGUGGAAUCGUGUAGCAGCGGUGGGUAUUUAGGCUGAGGAAGGAAGCUUCUUGCAGGAACAAGUAAUGAAAGGUCUAUAAUUAUCUCCAAGUGCUUUUUGCUUUUCUUUUUUCUCCUUCGGAUCCCAGAGAGUGACGGACGGGCGGGUCGAAGAAGGGAGUCCGCGUGUUGUCCGAAAACAUGGAGGAAUGGUUUUGAAAACGUUUUUUGUUCAGUAUUUUGAACUCGAGUAGGCUACAGUGUAUGAACCUAUGCACUAUUCAGCACACACAUCGAGCUGUUUGAAUUAGUUCAAUUGAGUCUAUAUUUAUGCGUUUGGGACCGCUUUAAGCCAUCUGCACUCUUCCUGUCGAAGGAUUAGACUAUUAAAUCUGCUGUGUAGGACUGGAGCAGUGAUGGAGGACAUUGACAUCGAGCAAGAGGAGCCGUUUCCCGUGGACCGAGAUGGGAGACAGUUUAAGGGUGAAGAAGACCAGCCUGAUAAUAAGAGAGAAAUGGGAUGUUGUGAGAAGUUCCAUUAUUCUAUGUCCAGAUGGAUGCUUCCAGAGGAUCUUCGCGAAACCUAUGUUGAACGGGCCAACUGCCUUCCUCCGCCCAUCUUCAUCAUCCUCAUCAGUAUUGCAGAGCUGGCAGUGUUCAUCUACUAUGCUGUGUGGAAGCCUCAGAAGCAGUGGGUGACCCUGGAUGAAGGCAUCUGGAACAGCCCGCUCUCAUACAAGCCUGAGUCCAGGAAGGAGGCGUGGCGCUUUGUCUCCUACAUGUUUGUCCAUGCUGGUGUGCAGCAUAUUGUGGGAAACCUGUUGAUGCAGCUGCUGGUGGGCAUCCCGCUGGAACUGGUCCACAAAGGAUUUGAAGUGGGAAUGGUUUACCUCUGUGGCGUCUUGGCAGGCUCGUUGGCCAGCUCCAUCUUUGAUCCUUACAGUGCUUUGGUGGGAGCUUCCGGGGGUGUUUAUGCCCUGUUAGGAGGCUAUUUUAUGAACGCAGUAGUGAAUUUCCGAGAGAUGAUUCCUCUCCUUGGAAUAUUUCGUAUCCUCGCCAUUGUGAUAUUUGUUGGCACAGAUUUUGGAUUUGCCUUCUACAGAAGAUUUGUCAGCCAGGAGGCUGGUAUGCAGGUGUCCUUUGUGGCUCAUUUUGGAGGAAUCGUGGCUGGGAUGACCAUCGGCUAUGUCUUCUUCAGCGCUUACAACCAGAAGCUACUCAAAGACCCACGUUUCUGGCUGUGUAUAGUAGGCUAUAUACUCUGUGUGGUCUUUGCGGUGGUCUUUAAUAUCUUCCUGUCCCCAGCACCAUAGGGACAUAAAGCUGCACUCACCAACCAAUUUUGUUUUUUUUAAAUUAACACUAAACGCCUUAAUAUCACACUCAGGAAGCUGUAUUUUAUACUGAUGCAUUUCAGAGCGAUCUAAUGCACAGGGUUUUUUAUAUUUUGCUAUCAGAUUUUCUUCUUAAAGCUGAAUGUGGGAGUUCAUGGGGAAAGGUUCAAUCUGCUGUUUAUAGAGUUGUAGAAUUGCAGAAGGAAUAUUUAAACAUUUUAGACAAUGUCGACAACAAUAGGCCUUUAAAAGUGAGUAAUGUAGUACUUAAUUCAAUUGUAUCUGUGAUCAUUUUGAAUGGGUUUUGUUUUUUGAAUUGUUAUUGUUUUUUCUGUGUUUGAGUGUUUUUUUAAUGUUUUUAUAAAAAAAUGUUUAGACCUCUUUGUACUUGUCAUGAUUAUCAGGAAGUUUAGUAGGAAAUGACACUCAGACUUUUUUUUUUAAAAUCUCUGUAUGCUAUUCUGUGCUAAUCUUCCGUUGACUCAUAAUGGACUUUUAGUAUUCAUAAAAUAUGCCUUAAACGUGUUGAAAUCCCCGCAUUAAAACGUGAAAUUUCAUAAAGACGUGACUGUUUGACAACACUGACAAGAAGAAAGAGAUGAAUCCUAAACUGUUUGAGUUGAUCUUCCUUUUGUAAGCAAAAGGGCUGGUUUACCAAUAGGCCAUGGCUUAAUGCCAUGACAUUGUUUCAGCCACUUCCUGUUGACAGGACGUGGCUAAUAACAUGUUGAGUUGUAAAACUUGAUUCAUUUUUCUCUUAUACUUCUCUGUCAUACUUGUUUUUUUUUAACCUUGGCAAUACAAAAUGUUGGCCUUAAACAUUAACAUCCAGGUUUUGGAAACACUAGAUACUGUUGCUAAAAUUAAACAGUGGUUGAUAUUGUACAAUCCCCCUACUAAACUGUAGGGACAUCUUUGAAUCUUAAGUGCAAGUUAUAGCUUAGUGACGGUAUAUAUUCUUUUUCAUAUGUCUAUAAAUGUCAAAUCUUUAAAGGUGCCCUGCCACAUGUUUUUCAUUAAGUCGUGGGAAUGUCUGAAGUUCUACCACGGACUAUGUGACAUUUACUGUGGAAAAUUGCCUUGGUUGCCUUGUUUCAAGCCAAUCUAGCGUUGUAUAGAAAGCCUGCAGGAAGACUUAGCUCGAUUUGUGCCAGUUCUCACUAAUAUUUAACAAGCUAAGCUGCUCUGAUUGGCUAACAGCUAGCCAAUGAGAGCCUGGCUAUCAGAAUCCUUUACCGAGCGCAACUGGGCGAGUUCAUGAAUAGUAAAAAUCUUAGGCAACAUGACGUCAGACUGACCAGGUUCUAUAAUUGGCCUGAUUUCUCUGCUUAUUCAGUGGCUUUAGCUGAAAGAGGAGAUAGCAGUUCAUUUUCACAUUCACAAUAUGGCACAGACACAUAUGGAUCUACCAUAUUUCAAAAAAUGCAAGUAAAAAUGUUUUUGUGUGGCAGGGCAGCUCAGUGGUGUUUUUUGCUUUCAACAGUGCCUUCCAGACAACUAACCUUAACCCUAAACAUAACCAUUGAAGCGCUGCCUGGAAGGAGAUGUUGGGGGCAAAAAACACCAAAGACCGGCAGGGCACCUUUAAUGUUACUGGUGUAAGAAGGGCAAUGGGUACAUAUUGUAAUAAAGGAACAGAGCUUAUAGAAUAAGAUAGUUAAAAUAUGUACUUGAUUUAUUUAAGAUUACAGGUUUAACUAUGACCAAAGACUAAACAAACUUCCUACACUUGGUUUUGAAUUCCACAGCUCAAUGUUUCAAUAUUUUUUAAUAGAAUGGGAUGUUUUCAAUGUAUUUUUUUGUCAAAUUGAAUCUGAACUUAUAUAGAAAUAGCAGGAAUGGUAUUGAUUUUGUCUGAUGCAUAUUUAUACAGAAUUUGCCGUGGAGAUGUUCAAUUUGUGAAUUAGCAGAUAACAGUGUACUACAUUCUGCUGUGUGAUGGUGCUGGGAUUCUGUUACAUGUAUUUGACUUCUACAUGAGAGUGACUGCUUUUUUACAUGUGGAACGUUCUAUAGUUUCCAAAUGUAGCUCACCAAUAUAACUUAGUGCAUCCCGAAACAGUGGGAAAUGGUCUGUUGUAGUCCAGAAAUUGAAAAAAAACGGAAAUCUGAUACAAAAUCUGCUGCGAUUGCCUUGGUUAUCCACUGUUUGAAUCCAUUGUCAUUACCUUCCGGUUCAAAAUAUCUUCAUUUGUUCAUCCCGUAUUUUUUAUUAUUAUGAACCAUAAUUCCAGAGUUAACAUAAAGUGACAAUCUUAUACUUUGAUAUACGUUCAUUCUUUUAGACUUUAAAUGCUGUGCUGUUGCCAGUGAGAAACUGAAGCUAAAUGUAAAGAUCCCCUCCACUGAUGUUUUACAUCAAAAUUGUCUGAUAUGGUUUCUCUACAGAAUAAAGUUCAAUGAACAACUUAGAAAUUCUUA